AUGGACAAGAAAGGAGAGACGAUAAGAAAGUUUGAACCUUUCUUCCUUGAUCAAGUUGACAAUAGCAAGAAUCUUGUACCCAACAAUAUUCUCCACAGCAAGGUUAAUGAGAGUGACCUACUUGGAUUGAGAGUGGGAAGUGCUCGGGAGCAGGGUUUUGGGAAGAUGGAAACUACAGCAGCAGCAGGAAGAACACCACCGCCGCCGCUGGCGAUUGAGCGGCCGCCGAACAACCGCUUCCACUAA